UGCGUGCCCGUGACCCUGAAGCCGGAUGGCGGCGUCGCCAUAGUCAAACAUGGCAGAUCUCGACGCGAUCUACGAAGAGGACGACGAAGACCUGAGGGCCAACGAAGAUUCGUUGGUGAGCCUCGUACCCGAACCGAUGGUCAUACGAGGCGCCGGAAACAUGACAGUGUUUGGCCUGAGCAAUAAAUUCGACACGGAAUUCCCGCCAACGCUAUCUGCUAAGGUGGCUCCAGAAGAAUUCAAAGCUACCAUGGUGCGCAUCAACAGCGUCCUGCGCAGGACUCUACCCGUGAACGUCAAGUGGCUUUUCUGCGGCUGCCUGUAUUGUUGCUGUACCCUCGGAUGCUCGCUCUGGCCCGUCGUCUGCUUGAGCAAACGGACGCGGCAUUCGAUAGAGAAAGUCCUGGACUGGGAGAAUAGUCACCUUUACCACAAUACUUUUGUUGCACAGGCUGGCAGCAAAGUUGACGAGAUCACUGAAUGUCGCUAUUGCCCGGUGCCAAAUGUGGCGAUGGUCAAGGAAACGGCAGCCGUUGUUGCCGUUUUCUAG